CCCCACCCAUCACGGUCCGCGGCUCGUUUCCGCGGUAACCGCUCGAGCGCGGCGCUUCCGGGUCGGGCAGGGCGCCCGCUACUCUAUGACCGGCAAUGCGACUAAAAAUGAGAAAAUCAUGCUUGCUAGGAAGGAGUGUUGAUGGGGAUUAUCUGAGCAUUUCCUUGGCAUGUUGGCUCCACUCUGAGCAGCAUUUGCAAAGAGGAGGGAGGAGAAAGAGCCCCCUGUCAGCAUCGGGAUUUUGCAGAGCACAAUGGACUUCUUGAUUCUCUUCUUGUUCUAUGUGUUUCUGAUCCUGCUGAGCAUUCUCUUUGUCUGCAUCUGUUCUGCAUGGAAGCAAAGUGUGCCAUCAAGAAUUGUCAACUGGCUAGCCAAGGUGCUUUCUUGUGUAAUCCCAGCUACAGUUCAUGGAGCUGCUCAGAGGGUGCUUCAUCAUCUCUUCCACACACGGCACUGCAUGUUUGUAACUCUGCACUUGGCAUUGGAAGUGUUGGUUUAUGGCGAAUACACCUGGGAAGUGUUUGGCUAUUGCCGGGAGCUAGAGUUCAGUCUUCCCCUCCUCCUGCUUCCUUACCUGCUGCUGACUGUGAAUAUGGGUUUCUUCAUUCUGUGCGCGAAGACUGAUCCUGGUACCAUAACCAAAUCCAACCAGGCUCUCUUCCUCCAUACUUAUGCUUAUGAUGGGGUGAUGUUUGAGAGAGGCAUCGAGUGUACCACUUGCAGCGCCAGGAAACCAGCUAGGUCCAAGCACUGUGGGGUGUGCCACAGUUGUGUGCAUCGUUUUGAUCAUCACUGUGUUUGGGUCAACAACUGCAUUGGUGCUUUCAACAUGAGAUACUUUCUCGUCUACCUUUUCACCUUGACAGCCAUGGCAACUGCCAUGGCAGUCAUAACUGCCACCUUCCUCAUCCAGUUGGUCAUUCUGUCAAACUUGAUGCUGGGACAUUAUAUAGAUGACCAAGGCCAAGAGCACCCGGUUGAUGCUGUCUUUGUUAUUCAGAACCUCUUCUUGACCUUUCCCAGGAUUGUAUUCCUGCUUGGCUUUGUCAUCAUCCUCUCAGUAAUCCUUGGAUGUUAUUUUUGCUUUGGUCUGUACCUGGUCCUGAUCAACCAGACAAGCUACGAGUGGUUCAAGUCGGCAAGAUUCGAGUGUGGGGUUUACAGAAACAUUUACUCAAAAGGUGUCUGGGGCAACAUCACAGAAAUUGCGAAACCUCUCAUGAGCCCCGGACAAAAGGGACGGUGACUGGCCGGAAGCACCAGCAGACGGCGCUCACCUGCCUGCAAAGGGUCCUCGGCCAACCAGACAGAAAAUAACUCAGGCGAUUUUAAAUCCUCCUUGCCCCCCCCCCCCAAGCUUCCUACCCCUGUAAGAAGGUGGUGUUGACUGGACGAUGCUUUUGUAGAGCAGCUCCUGUCCCCGGGGGGGGGGGGGGCGCUGUUAGUUUCUUUUAUGAAAGUUUUACAAGACCAGUAUGUAGCACACCUGCCACUCAUGUUAGAAAUAUGUAUUUUAAAAAGAAUUUUAUUUACAGGCUAAACUGUACAAUCUGCAAUUAAAAACUAUGUGGUUAUAAAAGAAAUAUA